CCGCGCUACGGAGAGGUGCUGUCGUGCUUUUUCGUGCAGAAUCGUUCAGAUUAUCAAUGUUUAUAAACAGAUUUCGUGAAGAUAUUCAAACUAAUACGUUUAUCCAUGAAUAAAAUUGAAGACUUUUCGCUAUAAGGUCUAUAAAUCGUGUGUUUAUUUAGAAUUUCUCGUGGAUUUGUACGUUUUAUUCGAGUGUGUAAUCUUGUAUCGGGGAGAAGUCAGCAUCGUCGAUUUUGUUGGACGGUGGAUGAAAAUGUAAACUAGUGAUGAACUAAGACUGGGGAUUGUUUAAAGUUUGGGGAAAAAGAAGAUUUUGGAACAGUGACAAUGAAGUGGUUUGUGUUGAUACUUUUUGUGCCAAUGUGCUUCGCACAUCUCAAUGUUUACCUGAGCAGCGCCGAAGUGUGGAGAUUAUUGGGACUUACGGCGGAGUUGUUCUACGUGCGGGACGGGCAGAUCAACUUCUACGCCCUCAACUUUGUGGUGCCGGUGCCGGCCACCAUCGGCGAGCUGCACUUCACGUGGCAGAGCCUCACCAGGAGACCGUUACCAUACACCCUCCACGUGGAAGUAGUAAAUCACUCCGAAGCAAUGCACACGCCGGAAUUUAACAUUUCGACGGAGGGUUUCGUGCCCACGGAACCGCAGACUUGGCAAGUCACCUUGCCGUGUACACACACAGUCGCUGCGGAGGUUGACAUCACAAUUUCUCUGAACGUCUCGACGGGUUCCUCGUCUACUACCUUACAUUUUCGUCGAAGGAAAAUAUGUUUGAAGGACGCGCCUCGUCCGGCCGUCAGAGUGGACAGCGUUCCUCACGCACAGACCUCUGCAGAUAUAUUUUACGCGGGAGCUGGUUGUGCUGGCGGCGCACUACUGAUAGCAGCAGUGGCAGCCGCGGCGUGUAGAGCUCGAGCUAGGAAACUCAGAAGAGCUCGCAGCGAUGAACAAGACGCCCACGCAUUUCUACCUGAUUCGUCUUGUAAGUCCGCCGCCAGUUAUACCAGCUACCGUCGCCCAACAUCUCUCCCCGCCGCAGCGGCUGAAGAGAGAGCGAGAGAUCUGCAGCAGAGGAUAGCAGAGCUCACCAUACAAAGAUGUCGAGUGCGGCUACGCUCAGUGGCGAUGGAAGGAACGUUUGGACGGGUUUAUAGAGGAACGUACGCAGAUGAAGAUGCUAGGGAGCAAGAAGUGCUCGUUAAGACUGUUGCUGAACACGCUUCUCAAGUGCAGGUGUCACUACUUCUACAAGAAGGUUGUAUGCUGUAUGGCUUACAUCACGAGCGAGUGCUGUCGGUUCUUGGGGUCAGCAUAGAGGAUCAGACAGCUCCGUUUUUGUUAUACCCCUGGGGCGCUAGCUGGCGGAACCUGAAGCAGUUUCUGUUGGCUUGCCGAGGAGUGACGGUGGGAGGGGCGGCGGGAGGAGCGCCGCCUCCGCCGCUGACGACCCAACAUGUGGUGCGGAUGGCGCUCCAUGCGUUGGAUGGACUACUGUAUCUACAUUCACAGCAUGUCUUACAUAAAGACAUUGCUGCUAGGAAUUGCAUAGUGGACGAAAAUCUCCGCGUGAUGAUCGCCGACAACGCGUUAUCGCGGGACCUAUUCCCGGCAGACUACCACUGCUUAGGCGACAACGAGAACCGGCCCAUCAAGUGGCUGGCGCUAGAAUCUCUGACCAAGAGGCAGUUCAGCCCCGCAGCUGACGUAUGGGCGCUAGGGGUGCUUCUAUGGGAACUGACCACGUUGGCCCACCAGCCCUAUGCGGAGGUGGACCCUUUCGAAGUGGCAGCGUACUUGAGGGACGGCUACCGGUUACAGCAGCCGGCGAACUGCCCUGAUGAACUGUUCGCAGUGAUGGCAUACUGCUGGGCCAUGUCUCCCGACGACCGGCCCACGCUGCCUCAGCUCCAGAUCUUCCUUCGGGACUUCCACACGCAGCUCACUAGAUUCGUCUAAACCAUUCCGUUAUCACUAAAAAGACAUCCCAAAGACGACAAUAACUAAAAGUGAAAGUCAAAUAAGUGAGAUAAUCUUCUAGAGACAUAACAAAAGAGGCCUUAUCGUAUAGCACAAGAUCUUCAGUGACUUUUAGUGAUUGUGAUUUUUGUUUUCACGUUGUGCGGGAGUAAAGUGAAAAUUUUCAAAGAGACUGAUUUUUAUAAAAACGUUUUUAUUAAAAUGUGAAUUCCUAGAGUUUAUUUAUGAUCCACUCCGCGUCGCCGUCACACGUUUCUGGUGUUCGUACUUGUACAUUUUAAGCACAAUUGAAGUAUUGUUUUAAGUGUUCUCAAAUGUUUGCCAAUGAUAAAUGUUACGUUUUUGUGAGUUUGUGACUUAAAAUAAUAUUUCUUUUGACACUCCAACCCAGAUGAUAACCAGAAGCGUGUAACGUUGGCUUCGAGUAUUGUAAUUAUUGUUUGAAACCUCAAUACUGCCAUAUUAGAAUAAGAGAGUAUUUGUAAAUAUUAUUAAUACACGAUUGUACUGUAUAAUACGUAUAUUGAAUGUGCCUCAGAUUUUAUGAAAGAUUUAGAUGUUUAUAAGUGUUCAACUGGUUUAUAAAAUUACUCAUUAAGACUGGAAUAGCAUCAAUUUAUUAACAUUAUGACGACUUCUAGUAUACUCAAUACUUAUUGUAGUUAUGUAUAAAAUGCCUUUUUCAAUACAGUUAUAGCGUUACUAUCAUCACAUCCCACCACUUUACUAGUAAGUAAUGUAUGUGAUAAAUAAAUAUUUAAAACAUGGUAUGUUUUAAAGACUUUCUUUUGCAAAGUUAGGGGAACAAUUUUAACACCGUGGGCGAUUCUCGUGAGACAAACUUUAUUUCUCGUAUUUAUAUUUUUCUACUAAAACGUACUUAAUUUCACU